AUGGUUGCAAUUCGAGGCCUGACUGCAGUAGCAGUCUUUGCAGGAACUCUUGGCAAUGCCAUGGCCUACGACAAAGGCUUUCUCAAUCUUCUCAAUGUUCGACAGGCACAACCUUCCGUAAUCACUGUUACUGAGACUGUUACCUUCUGCGGCAGCAGCACUUCUGUCGUCCCACCACCACCGCCACCAGCAACUGUCACCUCUACCGCCUCUGUCCCGACCACUGAAACAUCCACGACUUCGGUGAUCACUACCUCUGAGACCACUUCCACUGUCGUCUCAACCCCGACUCCUCCAGUCUCAGAGACCACCCCACCGGUGGUUCCAUCAUCCUCGACCACGCCUCCUCCUGAGACUCCCGCAACUACAAUUCCGUCGUCGGCUCCUCCAGCUACGACCGGUGCUACCACUCCUGUCGAAUCAUCGCCAACCGUCGGCACUUCGACAAUCACACCGUCAACCACUGCUACAACCACGCAGUCUACCUCGAGCAGCGCUUCUUUCACACCACCUGCACCAAACAACGGAGUAGGUGUUUUGAACGCAAAGUCUGGUCUCAUGGUCGCCAUUGCAGCUCUGGCCGCAUUCUACUAG